GAAUCAAAUCACAUCGGAAUCAAUCUCGACUGGCUCAAGUGAAACCCAUAAGUUCUGUUUUCUUUGUCCUGGAGCCUUGUGUAACAGGUCUUAUUUAUUCCCCUGCACCCCUGUGCUUCGCCUUGUGGCUUUUACUCGCUCUUGUCAACACCUCAGUUUUUAUAUAUUGCGUCAUGGGUGGACUAAAAGAAGACAUCGCAUUCGAUCCUCCCUGUCAUCCACGAGCUUGUGCCAUCCAAGCGUGUUUGACCCGGAGCUCAUAUCAGGAAGAGAAAUGCCAGGCACAGAUCAAUGCUCUGUAUGAAUGUUGCAACGCCUUCUACGUGGAGCGAGGCGAGGAGGCCAAGACUCCCAGUUGUCCCAAGCCCAAUCUGUUGCGGCUGAGGAUGAAGCAACGAGGCCAAGAGGCCUAGCCGGCAGGGCAGGCCCUUCCUUCACUUGAGGUAUCCUUAGGCAUUACGGAUCAUGUACAUACUUUACUACCCGUCGUACUUGUGUCGAUAGAGAUAGAUCAUAGAACCCGAGUCCCCCAGAAGGCAGAAGCAGAAGGCAGGCAGGCAAAGUGCCAGCGCCGUCCGAUCAAAAACCCCCGGAUAGUGUGAAGCUGAAUGUGACAAUUCCCUUGCAGUCUGAGCUCCCAUACAAGUAAAGAGCUAGGCU